AUGUUGGCCGCUGAACCUCCACAUCAACAGCAGCAGCAGCAGCAACAACAACAACAGCCUUUGAAGCUGACUCCAGAAGUACUCGACCGGCUACGACAUUUGCAACAAGCUGAUCGCCCUGUCUCGGUCGAUGAGGUGUUGCAUGCUGCUAAUUUGGACCAUCUCACCCAGCUUCCUCAGCCUUCAAAGUCGUCUACGGCUGCUGACAUGUCGCCACCUUUACCAGAAGCACAAGCUUUUCCACGCAAGUCGCGUUCAACGACCACAACACUUGCUGAACGACGACGUAUUCCAGCAUCGACAGAGAAACUAAAGUUGUAUUGCCAAAUCACACAUCCAACUUGUACUACUACUACACCACCCUCGAUGACCAACAACGACUCGAGCACGACUGAUUCAUCUACAACCACGCCUACUGAUAAUGAAAAGACAGCAUCCAACAACAACCCAACAAUGGAAAGACUCGAGAUGGAAAAUGCACAACUUUCCCCUCAGGCAUCCGAAGAUUACUUGCUUGCACGUCUCGAGCGACAAAAUGCACUUUUAAGUGCCGACCCAAAGUCCGUCUGCAUCGAAUCUAAUAAGCUCAAGGCUGAUUUCGACACGGUCCGCAACCUUGUUCAACAAGGCGAUCACGACAAUAACAAUAACAAUAACGAUUGGGAAUUCUGGGAAUAUCUCGUUGAGGAUUUCGCCGGUGCUGCUACAAAGCUGCCCCAUUUAUUGGUAGCCAAAUUGAGUCAUGGUGGUAUCCCGGAUCGUCUACGUGGUGUCGUUUGGCGUGCCAUGUCACAAUCAUCAGCGACCCACCUUGAAUCCAUCUAUGAUAAGCUCGUUUUGGAACAUUCACCCUCCUCCUCACCUUAUGAACGUGUCAUUCAACGUGAUCUAUCUCGCACUUUUCCUCAAGUCGACAUGUUCAAGGCCGAUGGCGGUGAAGGACAACAAGCCAUGGGACGAUUGCUACGUGCGUACAGCGUCUAUGAUGCUCAUGUUGGUUAUUGCCAAGGACUUGCUUUCCUCGUUGGCCCAUUGUUGAUGACCAUGCCAGAAAAAGAUGCCUUUUGUGUAUUUGUCAGACUCAUGGAGACAUAUGACAUGCGUACGAUGUUUACUCUCAACAUGGAAGGUUUACAUUUACGUUUACAUCAGUUUUCAGUGCUCCUUGCACAACUUUGCCCUGAAUUAUCAGCCCAUUUGAAUGAGCAUUCGGUCCAUCCAGCAAUGUAUGCCUCUCAAUGGUUCUUGACUCUAUUCGCAUACUCUUUCCCUAUCGAUCUUGUCUUGCGUAUUUACGACUUGGUGUUUGCCGAAGGUGCCAUUGAAACCAUCACACGUGUUGCUGUAGCAGUGAUGCAGAAGAAUCAAGAUACCCUCAUGCAAAUCAAUGACUUUGAAAAGUUGAUGAUGUACUUGUCGUCGCGUCGUCCUUAUGAAGAAGGCUUUUCAUCCGAUCCAGAAUCGGUGAUUGGUGAUGCCAUGGCUCUCAGCAAUGUGAUUACUCGAAGCAAGGUCGAUAGCAUUGCCGCUCAACACCGCAAGGAGCUUGAACAAGAAAAGUCACGUGCCCAACAAGUCCUUGCCAUUCGUUUUGAUCAAUCAGCAGCAGCAGCCAUCAAAGCCAAUAACAACAAACCCACAAAGAAUAAGCGUGAAUCAUGGUUUUCAUGGGCAUCGGCGUCUCAGAAUCGUGCAGUAGUCGUUGAGCAACCCGCAUCACCUGUCAUGUCACCCACCAGCCCAACAUUUGCAGCUACUACAGGUCGUGCUAGUACAAGUAGUAUCAAUAGUGGUACCGGUGCUGCAGGUCAACAAAUGCUCCACCAACAAAUUGAAGAUCUCGUAUUGGCCUUGUCGCAACUUCAAAAAGAGCAUUCGCAGUUAUCGGAAGAGAUGAUGGCUCUCAAGAUGCGUGACAUGGAUCGUGAAUCGGAACGUCAACAACUUGCCAAACGUAACCAAGCGCUUGAAAAACGUAUUCGCAAGUACAAGAGUAAGCUGAAUGCAUCCACCAGCUCUGCCAACACCAUGGCUGCUGCUCUUGCUAGUCCCACUCAAGAAGAUAGCAAUGCGACUCGUCUUGAACAAUUGGAACAUGAUCCAGAAUUCAAUUCAUUUGUUGACUCGUUGCGUAUGAGCGGUGAUUUUGGUGCUUUGAUCGCUGGUGCUUUGGAUUCAAGCACCCAACCCAAAAAGACAAUGGAAGAAGAUGAGGAGGAGAAUGAUCAACAACAACAAGAUGAUGAUGGCAACACUAUGACCAACGAGUUGGUGGCUGUCAAGUUGCUCAAUAUCCAAUUGCGUGAAAAAUACAAUGACUUGAACGAGAAACAUGAACAACUUUCACGCCAAUUGGAAACGGCACGUGAUGCCCACCGUGAAUUACUCAACAAGCAAGCCGAGUUACAAGCUGAAGUGGAAACGCUUGGCCUCACACGAGAACAGCUCCUUGAGGAACAUGAAGCGAUUGAGGACGAGAACCAUGAAAUGGAAGAGAAAUUGAUGGCUGCUAAAAAGACAUGCUCCGAGUUGCAAGUUGAGAAGUUGGCAUUGGCCAAACAAGUGGAACAAUUGGAACGUCGUAUUGCCGAGCUUGAACAAGAGAAACGGGAAUACUUGAUGCCUCGUGGAUCCUUUACAGAAGAAGUCUUUGCUGCCCAUCAAACUUUAUUUGGUACCAACAAGGAACAAGAGGAACAUCAACAAUCAGAGGCUGCUGCUGGUAGUAAUAGCACUAGCGAGUAUCAGAAAAAGUACGUUGAAAGCGAAUUGCGAUGCCGUGAAUUGGAAAAGUUAUUGGCAGAGACCAAGUGCAAGCUUGCCGAAUACGAAUCAUGCCCUUCUUCGCCACGUCUUUCUCAUCCACCACCUUCUCGACGACGUUCGAUGCGUAAUUCCAUGUUAUCGGCGGGGAGUCGUAUGAGCUUGCCACCCACUUGUGAACCAGGUCGUGUCUCUACCGAUAGUAUCAACUCUUGUGGAUCGGGUAUCUCAUCCAAGCGAUCCAGCAUGUAUUCUCGUCUCUUUGGUAACACCACAUCUCCUCCUGGAGGAGCUAAUAAUGGUAACAAGGGAAACGCUCCUACGCCCAUCACCAAUGCCAAUCUUGUUGAGGAACCACAACAUGUCUAA